CAAGUUGCGUGUAUGAUCCAGAAACUUGACAUAAAAGUCAGCUCACAGGGCUCAAAGCUAGAUAAAGUCAUCCAGCUUUUACAGGGUAAGCUGGGUAAGCUCUCCUCCCAUUAUGGUCAAAAUGAACAACGGUUAUUGCUGUAUUUACGCCCAUCUAAAGAUGUGUUUCAAGUGCACUGUUGGUUAGAAAGAACUGCGGACCCAGCCCCAGAGUGGGUCAAUUUAUUCCUACCGACCUAAAGCCUUAUUCAGUUUCUUCUUACCCUCGGCUAACAGAGUUAGCAGAGGUUUCUUCCGGGAUGGUGUUUAGCAUGUGCGGAGUCGUUCGCGGCGCUGACCUCUCGAAGUCUGGCUUUUGUACGUCUCUCGGGGAGGGAAAUAUGCCAACGACUCCGUACAUGCUAAACAACAUGCCGAAAUGCAACCUCUGCUGACAACUUAGCCUCUUCUGAAGCCAUUUGAACACAAUUUGAAUCAAAAUACCCCUAUUAAAUGUCUGUUCCAACUAAAUAUGGGAUCCAUUUAAGCCCGACUGUCAGAAUAAACCCUAGAAAAUUGGACUAUAUUGGCCUUAGCAAAGAAGCCGACUUAGAGUGUAGUUUCCUUUCCAAAACCGCUCCAAAUUCGGUACUCCAACAAAACUUUUGAAUUUACAGUGUGUUAGAUGUUCCUUUCUUUUCUAAUUUGUCCGGGAUAGUGAGCAAAACUGACUUAACCUCAAGUUCUAAGAGUAGAAAAUAACCAAAUUUCCCCUUCAGGCCUGGCUGAUACUCUCGAAAUGAUAACUUGAAGGUGUAAAGGUGGGCGUAUAAUCUGUCGAAUAUGAUCUUUCGGGUUAAAGGACGAGGUAGAACUAUUUACACAUUUUUUUUGUUAGUAACAAUGUAUUUUUAACAUGUCCAGUUCGCUCAGGCUCUAUCACAAGCCCAGUAUGUAGAGGCUCGCGAUGGCUGUCAGCUUAAUUUGCCAUCGGUAUUUACUACACAGGCUCAGCAACUUACAUUUAUCAUUAAAUCUUGCACAGUUUUGUUUUGCUUCAAUCAGCGAGAUAAAAAAAAAUUGGUUUCAAAUCCUACGACAUUUGGUAAAUUCGUGAUUCAAUACAAAGCUUUGCAGAUGACUAUAGCUUCAACGUACGCUACUGGAGCGAUCCUUUUAGAGCGUUGUGGUGGCUUUCUUCAGAGACUAGUAGCCUAAUAAGGUAGCAAGGGAACAAUUUCCAAUAUCAGUCUUUGACUAUGAUAAUUAACGUUCCCAUUACAACUACUUUUCCAAAAGUGCCAUGUGACGUGACGCUCCCUCACGUGACAACUUUUCACAUUUAGAAUGGCCAUAUUCUAACAUUAACUUAGGCCCAAAAAUCUGGCUAUCAUUUUUGCGAAUAUCUUCUAGAUGUUGAAAGAAACGACGAAGACGCAUCCAUACCAGUUUUAAGCUCGCCAAUUAUUCCAACCAAACAUGACAGUCUGUGGUCUCUCUCUUCACCAAGGCAACACGAAAGGCAGCCUGCGAACAGGCUCCCAAGUGGAGAGGGGUGAAAAUAAAAAAAAAUUCGCCGAGCGAAACGACACGAGCGUGGCCUGAGAAAAAAAGGCGGGGAGCCUGUAGUCUUAGUUUAGAUGUCGCCCAUUCGCCCACUUGCAAUUAUCCCCCUCACAGGGUGGGGAGAGAGGGGGGGGUUGGGGUGUCUCCAAGGAAAUAUGUGGUACAGUCCGCCUGCCAGUAUGACGCCACGUCUCGCGUCAGUGACUUUUUAAAAUGGCGAGCACAGUGUUCAUCUAAUUGACGGAUAAAAAUCUCGAUUUGAUCACGGAAAUACUGUUCCGAUUUCUUGGAAUUGGAAAUUUUAACGUCCCUAUUAUCAUGGAAAACUAGACUUAAGUACUUUUUUGGAAUGAAAUGUCCAGCGGUGCAAUGAAUUUUAAAGAUUCCUUUCUAUCGUCGAGCAAAUUUUACGGGCAAUCAUACCGACCGGUCACUUUUUUGAGGGCCAGUGCACAGCAAGAUUGAGGAAUUUAGACACAGCAAUAGGAGGUACAUCAAAGGAUGUAUUAUACUCACCGUUGCGGGUAUCUUCAACUCUUCAGAGCUGGUGGAACCCCACAUCAGUCUUCAAAAGUUCGCUUAGCUGUAGCGUUGAAAGAGGAAGCUAAUUGACAGGUAUUUGUGACUGUGAGCAGUGAAUCUUGUUGCUUUGCCGUAUUUUAAUACUGUACUGGCAGUGAUACACCUGUAUUCUGUAAUUAAAUCUCCAAAACGAAAUAAAAGGUUUUAAUUAUUUUAGGGGGGGGGGGGCAAACCCAGUGGAGAUUAAUAAUGGGUGGGUAAUAAUAUUGAUGAUUAAGACGAUGUACAAAAGGCAAGUUUAAAUUUUGUCGGUGGGUCACUGGUGGAUGUUGGGUGCAAAUUAGUACAGUUUGUGGUGUACUGUGUGUUGUUUGUCAUGAUGUCAACUAACAUUGAAAAAAAUUCAGCUCUUUCAGAGGAAUGAGAUGUCUUGACAGCUUACGGUUUUUUUCUGGUCGUAAGCCAGUAUGCAGAUCAAGAGCUUUUAAAAUCCCUUUCCCAAAAUAAAACUCCGGAGUUAAGCCUAAAAUAUAUAUUCAGAUCCAAGUGCAUGACCAGCAGGGUCAGCAGUAAGAAUAAAGGAAAAAAGGCCAAAAGGAAAAAUAGUGUUGAAAAACAAACUGACUAAAAAAAAAACAAAAAAACGGUACAAGGAAAAAGAAAACAGCGUCGCCCUUGACCACUGCACCACAGUGACUAGUCUGUCGUCACGCAACGCUCCUCCCCACUAAAAGCGGCUGUGUAGCAGACUACACAAUGACACAUACGAUUUGAAAAAUUAAUUUUGUCAUAUCAAAACACUUUUUCUCUGCCAUAGGCGCCGUUUGAAGCUGGUGGAGCUGUAUUUAUCAUGAACUCAAAUAUACAUUUGAGGAAAAGUAGCUUAUGCGCGUAUUUCAAAGCUAUUUCGCAUUAUUUCGGGGUCAAUGGGCCGACUCGAUGUAGAUAAUCGAUCGAACUAGCUUUACUGAAUUUCGUGGAGAAUUAGGAGAUCAACAGAGGCCCACACUCGAAAGGAUUGAUAUGAAGUUAGGCCCGUUAAAUUAACAAAAGAGUAGAUGAAAUAUAAACAUGUGUGAUCUGUGAAUGGAACCUACUAUUCUGGAGACUACACCUUGCCCAUUUUAGAGAAAAAAGGGUUUAAGUUUUGAUGACCUUGCCAGUCCCGUGAAAUAGACGGCGAUCCCGUAUCACGAUCCGCGGAACAAAUUAACAAAAUUAUACAAUUAAGGACACAAAAUAUCAAAACGGUUUACACAAGUAGAUUAUAGCAACACCAAAGCUCACACACAUUCUAUCAAAUUAGCGAUAUAUAGCGAUAUUUGCUAGCUUCUUAGCUUUUCCUCGACCACGCUCGUCCUAAUAACUGUCGUAUCCCUUGCUAAUUUGCACAAGCAACCCGAGGCUCUUGCCCGUUACUAUGUGACGUCAUACUAACAGGCGGAGUGGGUCAAGAAACUUAGGUGGAAAACAAUAGAGGUCUCCCCCACCCCCCAACCCCCUGUGCUACAGGUAUUAUAAUAGCAUGUCAAUGGGGUAAUUAGACCUGUCAAAUUAUGAUAUUAUUACGCUUGAAUGCAUCGGCUUCAAUAACAUUCGUGGCUAUUUUGUCAAUAUUCACAGCUCACUUGUCAACAGUCAGCGAUCUGACCAAUGAGAUCAUGAUGCCAAAAACUGGUAUCAUGGAUGGACGGCAUUAAAACAAAGUGUACAGGCUCCACCGCCAUUUUGUUCUCUCCCAGGCCACGCUCGGCUUGCUUCGCUCGCUCAUUCAGUCUCUUCCGCCCCGCUCAACAUGGAAGCCUGUCUGCAGGUUUCAUGAAAAGCCUCAAAAAUCCAUAGCAUAUCAUAGCUUAAAACAGCACGGGACGGGGAAAAAACAUGACACAUUACUCAGGCAACAUUUUCUUCGAACCUUUAUUGAACAUUUGCGCUAAAAUCUGCAUUUUGGAGUAAAUUAUAGCCAUCGUAUCGUUCAUUUGUAUUCAGUCUUCCAUGAAGAACGAAAGAUUGAUGCUCAUAUUUCAAACGGCCCCACUAAAAGCCAGAGGAUGGUCCGCCUGUACUGACGUCAAAGACGUUAAAUGUUGCCUUCCAUUCUAACUUCCACCCCUCCCUCCUUAUGUACAAACCAAUUCUUAAUACUUACUCACUUUCUUACAUACAUACUUACUUAUUACUUACUUAUUUACGUACUAUCGAUACCUACUUACUUACUUACGUACUUUUAAAUACUCAUUCAGGUGACGAACAAUCGAGUUGCAAGGAAAUUUUUGAGAAGGGAUCGUGAGUACAUCAUAAAUAAUUAGCAACAUUUCUUGUUACAUUUUUGGUUUCGUCAUGAAACAAUCAACCUUUUUAGUUUUUCAUAGUAUCUUUCGUUAGGUUCAACGGCUUUCUUCGCAUUUAAUAUAUUAACAAGGCGCUCAGAUUAGCUGUACCUCCAGUGCAAAUUAACUGCGGCACGCGAAUGGCGCGGGCACGUGCAGCACAUGCAUGUGGGUUAACGUUGUCUAAGUGGAUAAAGGGACUCCAAUGGUUUUUAUUAAGACAAUUAAUAAGGGCUGCACAGUUGCUAGUUAAUGCGGUGCUCUGCCUAUUCAAUUGUAUUUAUAAUCCAGAAAGCCCUUCUUAAUUUUUCGACUUUGAGGGCGGCGUUCUUUCAAGUAACUACGGUUGUCAUAAGAGGGACUUACUACAUUAUAUUGUGGUCCAUCUGCUUAUAACAUUUGAAGGCUUUAUUACAUUUGAGGUGGCUUCAACGGCCUAAUUAUAACUAUCCGUUUUACUGCUUUCCGAGCGGGUGCAUAUAAUUUUUACUGAUUAAGGCCACACUAUGCCCGAUGCGGCUGGUGUUACAUUAACUUGGGUUGGCUGUUGCAGAUUGCUCCAUAAAAAUUUUUCUGUCCAAAGAGUGAUCAAAAGAUUUUUAUAUUCUAUUGUUAUAUUUAUUCCUGUUUUUUUUUUUCACCAAACUCAAUCGUUUAUUGCAUCUGAUAGACAGUCAUUUAAUUAAAACAUGCAAAGAAAACAAAUCUUGCUUUAUUUCAGUGCCUCAAACAAAUAUCAUUUAAGUCAAUAUCUAUUUACUAGGAUGCGUGAAAACAAAGCCUACGUACUGAAUGUGGAGUCUGAAAAAAUUCCUGUGUACUGUCAUAUGAAACGUACAACUCAGCUUGAAGCAUGCGGAGGAGGCGGAUGGACGCUGGUGAUGAAGAUCGAUGGCAAAAAGGUAGCAGCAGCAAAAAAACAACUUUAUUUAUUAUUCAUUAAAAAUAUAUUGCACAUGUUCAUGAUUGGCUCCAGUCCAUCGACUAAUUCUUCAUAACCAACCGGCUUUUACCAUAUUUGGAAGAUAUAGGAAAUAUAUAUGAUCGAUUCGAUGGUAAAUUGCCUAAUAAUAGCCCAUCAAUCAACCUCGUUUCCAGCGUCGCGGCAUCCUAGUUGCUUAUGCCUGAGUGAAAACAAGCGCUCAGAGCUAUCCAAAGACGAAAUAGCCGAAUUUCUGAAUAAUACUCAGCCUCAUUCAAAAAUUGCUAAUUUUUAUGCAGUUCUGUCACCAUCUUGGCCUGCGAAAACAUCCGUUUCUCCUCGCUCUUCACUGCUGGGGGCGUUUCGCGCGGAGGAACGUUUGCGACUUAACGACGGAGAUUCCAUACUAAUGACGUAAAAUCUGGCCGGACAGAAUUGCUUUAGCUAUUGUUUGCAUGCGAAUGACAGACGAGAGACAAAAGGCCACAAAGGUCAAAUGUAACACAAAGAAUCUCUAACAAAACAGUCAAUAUUUGUGGAAUAUAGUCUUCUCUAGAAGAAGCAUUUGAGUUUCGCUGGAGCUCGUUGGCAGAUGAACACAACACCUUACCAAAAUCGACCAGACCACACGUAAUAUUGGACAAAUUUAUAUUUGGAACCCCAAAACUACCGGAUUUAUUAUGAAAACAUUGAUUUGCGUCACCAGUAUGGGAUUUCUGUCACUGCAUGGUCGCAGAAAUUCCUCCGCGCGAACGUCCCCAACGGCGAAGAGGGAGGAGAAACAUAUGUUUUCGCAGGCUAUCACCAUCUCAAUAGUCCCUUUGCAGCAAGUCACUCAGUUACGUGAUUCGCUUUGUCUCGACCACUCGUAUAGCCAUUCAUAUAAUAAAGCCUCCUUUUAGGUUCACCAGUAGAACCAUGAUGGUGGUCAUUGAAUAUCAUCACGACGAAAUGUUCAGAGGAAUCCCUUGCCAUAUCACGUCGUUAAUACUGUAGCGUGGGUAUUUGUUACAUUAUUUGAGGUCUUCUUAGCCUAAAUACCGUAUUCUGAAAACUGUAUGUUGAGGGGGAUGAGGUUGGAUGUGGUUGUUCCCAGAGCCCAGACGACCAAAUUGAAUAGUCUUCCCAACUUUUGGAGCACAAUGUAACCACUGUGAUGUCAAAUGAAAACGGUCUGUUAAUUGACGAUAUAUGACUAUCAUUUUCUUCUUUAUCUGCUUAGAGAACCUUUCACUACGAUGCCAACUUGUGGACCAACAAGAAGGACCAUAAUCCCUCUGCAGGAAAGACCCUGUUUGAUCAUCAAGAGACAAAAUUACCCACUUACUGGAGCACACCAUUCUCUAAAAUCUGCCUCGCUAUGAAGAUCGGCCACCAAGUUAAUUCGAUCAUGAUCAAAAAACAAGCCGACUCCUUGUACUCCCUGAUCGCUGACGGAAACCACCGUUCGACGUCACUGGGUCGUCACACCUGGAAGAAGCUGAUUGGUCAACAGGCAUCGCUACAGAGAAAUUGUAACCGGGAAGGUUUCAAUUGUAAAUCCUUUAGCAAAGCAAGAAUCGGUAUCAUAAGUAACCAAGAAAACAACUGUGGUACCUGUGACUCCAGAAUUGGGUUUGGUGCUGGGGGAUAUCCUAUUGGUGAUGACAACACCUGUGGAAACUGGGCACGGUAUGGUGGGGACAAUGGCGAUAGGGACAUAAAAGCCAUGGGUUACAUCUUGGUGCAAUGAGUAUCCGGACAAUCUGCUUCCAGUUCACGACGCACAAUGAUUAAUGGAACUUACAACGCUUAUAGAAAUUGUAGACUUAUCAGUACGCAAUUAGUUUAGGUCAGGACCAUUUGUAGAAAUUCAGUUGAAUAAACGCAUUGCUUCAAACAAAC